AUGUACGUGGUUGGACUUCUUUACCAUCCAUCAAGUGAUAACAUUGGAAAUGUAAACAAUUUGGAAAAAUCACUGGCUCCAAUAUUGCCACAAUUUUAUCCUUUUGCUGGAAGAUAUAUCAAGGAGAAUCAAUCCGUCGAUUGUAGCGACCAAGGUGCUGAAUAUGUAGAAGCUAAAGUCGAUUGCGAUCUUCUUGAUAUUAUAGGCUCAGAAGUCCAGCCUAUGGAGUUAAAUGAUCUUCUUCCGGUCGAAGUUGGUGCAGCUGAUGAAGCCUCAGAUCCAAUUCUGUCGAUUCAAAUAAGCAAAUUUAAAUGUGGUGGAGUAACUAUUGCUACGGCCAUUUCACAUAGGGUUAUCGACACAUCCUCACUAGGCACAUUCUUAUCUGCAUGGGCAAAGGCGAUUAGAGGAGACAAUAGUACUGAACCCAUUAUUCCAAAAUUUGACUCUCCAUUGAACUUUCUGCAGGUUGAGAAUUUAGGUGAGAUUGAUUCUGAAACCUCAAGGACUAGGGAUCCUACCUUUGUGACUAAGAGGAUUUUGUUCAGUAAGAAGGAGAUAGCAAAUUUAAGAGCCAGGGUGAGUCACUUGUAUGGAAAAAGUGAUCGUCCACCCUCGAGGGUUCUGGUUGUCUCUUCUUUUUUGUCGGAGGCUCUCAUGCGCUGUGAUCGCGUAAAACAUGGGAAAUCGCGGGCUUGCCUCAUAGCUGCAGAGGAAACCAAGAGCUUAGACUUUGAACACUUGGUUCCUUUAUUGAGUAAUACUAUCGAGAAAGCCGUUUUAGACUGUUCCAAGAUCUUGUCAAAUGCCGAGGAUGCACGCAAAUUCCUCUUCGAUGCCGUUGCAGGUGCAAUUGAAAAGCUACUUGAUGGAAACUUGAAUUCUAUAUGGUUUAUGUUGGAAAAAUGGUUAUGA